CUAUAAACAGGAAGUGAAAUUCUGUCCCGAUAUUUCUUUUCCCACGUAUUUUACACAGAGGAUUGACUCUAAAACAGCGGCACCAGGCAAAAAUAUCUAGCGACAUUAAUGUGAGGUCUUCCGCGAAUUACAGACGAAACAAUGAAGACACACUAAUGAAGGUAAAAGAUUAAUGUCAUCCGUUUAAAUGUCAAAUACGACUGAGACUGGACGGGCUAUGAAGGUGUUAUGGCAAUAAAGAGAAAUUCUUCCUGCUCAGUCUCUGCUGACUUUAGUCGUAAUGAACUCCAUGGUCUCCUCUGCUGGCUGUGAGUCUCCUACUGAUGACCAGUUGGACGAAUGGCUCUUUCUAUCCUCUGAAUCUGUUGGAUCGCUAAGCCUGGAUGUGAGCAGAGAAGACCCAGAGGCAGAGGACCGAGGAAAACUUAAGUCCAAGUUGGUCUCAGCUUGGAACAGUGUCAAAUAUGGCUGGCCCUUGAAGCAGAAAUCCAAAUUUGGCAAGUCCUCCCCUGUGAUCAUGCUUGGAAAGUCUUUCGACCUUAAGAAUCAAGGGGAGAGAGAGCGCUUCCGUCGCUCCUUUGCAUCCCUCCUGUGGCUAACUUACAGACGGGGAUUCCCUCCAUUGCCAGGCUGCUCUCUGAGCACCGACAGUGGUUGGGGAUGUGUCCUACGUACAGGGCAGAUGCUUCUCGCACAAGGCCUGCUGCUACACCUGAUGCCACCAGACUGGACUUGGCCUGCAAACCUCCAUGCAGUCAAAGACGACAUGGACCUACAGGACAUUCGCCCCACAGCCAGCUCAUACCACAGCUGCAACUCAAAGGAAAGACUGAAUAACAGGGGACGGAAACUGAGCUUGGGUUCCCUCCUGGACAGACCAAUGGAGGGUACGCACAGACGGGUGGUGUCAUGGUUUGUGGACCAUCCCACAGCCCCCUUUGGGAUCCAUCAACUGGUGGAGUUGGGUAAAAGCUCAGGCAAGAAGGCUGGGGACUGGUACGGUCCUUCUAUUGUGGCACAUAUCCUCAGGAAAGCUGUGGCAGCCUCUGCAGACCUUCCUACUUUGUCUGUGUAUGUAGCACAAGAUUGCACCAUCUACAAAGAGGAUGUGAGGAGGCUGUGUGAGCGGCAACACUCUGACGGCUCUACCUCAGUCAGUCCGUCUUGGAAAUCUGUCAUUAUCCUGGUUCCGGUGCGACUUGGAGGACAAGAUCUCAACCCUACCUAUAUCACUUGUGUCAAAAAACUACUGAAGUUACAAUGCUGCAUUGGAAUCAUUGGAGGGAAGCCAAAGCACUCUCUGUUCUUCAUCGGAUUCCAAGACGACCAUGUGCUGUACUUGGACCCCCACUACUGUCAGUCCACAGUGGAUGUAACUAAGCAGAACUUUCCCUUGGAGUCUUUUCACUGUAAACACCCCCGGAAAAUGCCUUUCUCUCGAAUGGAUCCGAGCUGCACCAUAGGAUUCUACGCUAAAGGCCAGAAAGAGUUUGAGUCAUUGUGCACAGCUGUCAAUGAGGUGCUGGCCACAUCGACAGAGACAUACCCCAUGUUUAUAUUUGUGGAUGGACCCUGUCAGGAUGAGGAGGAAAAUGCGACAAUCACAGACACCAUCACCUACAUCCAGAGAAAGAAUCAGCAGAGAGGUGUGGUCACUAGUGACAGCAUGGACGAGUUUGUUCUGUUAUAAACAGAAAAUAAAUCACAUCCUGAGGGCCUCUGGUGGUCUGACAUCAUAUGUAUAUAUCAUAGUCACACUGUUUGACAACUACUGAGCAGAAAAAUAUGAAGGAAUGACCUUCUUAUUAAAUGAAGAAGUCAACAAUCAGUAAUAACACUAUCAUAUUUUUAUGACUUUUUGUUCAUAUUUUUAUUUUUUAUUUAUUUUUUAGGUGCAAACUGUUUAAUAUUAAUUCAAGGGACAUUAUAAAUUGUCAGUUUCUCAUAAUGUUAAGUGUAACUAACACUCACUUGAUGUCGUGUGACAGGAUGUAAUGUCUUUGAUUGGAUUAGAAAAUUGGAUUCCUGUAGACAUGUGUCUCACACAUGAGAAACACCGAGAGAGUUUGACUUUACUGGAGAAGUAGCCAGACUAGCUGAGUUAAGGCACAAGAAAUAGACCAAAGAUACUCAAAAUGUGCUCAUGAGCUGGAUUACUUUUGCUGUUUUUACCUAAAUAAACAGUU